AUGACUUUGAGUAUUUUGAACUACGUAUGUAUAAAUAAAUGUGAUACAGUUUUCAUUUUGUUGCAGCCUUCACCUGCACCCAACCGCUGCCCCUCCCCCUCAGACACUCCCUACUUCAAGGGCAUCCAGCCCUACUCCCCCGACCACUUCAGAGCAGUCCAUGCCUAUUCCCCCGAGCAUUUCCGCGCCGUCCAUUCCCACACUCCAGAUCAUUUUAGAGCGGUCCAUCACCCCCACUCGCCGGACAGAGGCGUGGCUCACUCGCCACACCCCCACGACCUUCGGACAAGCCACGCCUUCACGCCUCCUUCCUUCGGCCCGCCCUGUCGCGAGUUCGAGUACGUGGGCGUGCCCCUAGAACCGCCCCCUUUACCCCACCACUAUGAACCUGAAGAUGAGGAUACGGGGCCUUCCACUGCGGAGAUCAUUGCGAACCAGUCGCAGGAUUACAUCGAUGAGAAGUUGGCCGAAUAUCAGGCUACUAUAUAUCUGCUACAAGGUAAGUGA